AGAAGAAUAGCAACAAAAAAGUUUCAAAAUGGCGGCAUGAAAGGAAAACUGUCGCAGUGACAUAACAUUUUAGAACAUUUUGCAAGAGCCAGGUUACAAACCAUGGAAGGCUUUAAGCAUGUAUUCAUGCGUCUUUGUAAAGAAAACCACAUUGAACCCCAGGAUUGUGUUUUAGUCCAAUUAAAAAGUCUUGAUAGCAGUAAAGGGAAACAUGUGUUAGAUCUAUCUACAAACAGUUUAUCAGCUAAGACAUGCCAUGCCCUCGGGAAAGCAAUAGCCACAGACAAGAACUUCAGAGAAAUCAAGUUUGCUGAUUGCAUGCUUAGUGAAGAUGGUGUAAAAGGACUAGCCUAUGGAUUUUCCACAAAUAACUAUUGUAAAAAGCUUGACAUGAAGGGAAACAACAUUCGAGGAACAGGUGUGGACUUCCUGGGUAAAAUGCUGCGACACAACCACACCCUCCUUAGUUUGUGUCUGGAGUGGAAUGCCCUGGGGAUGCUGGAUAACUCGUUUGCUCUGUUCUGUGAGGGAGUAGGCUCCAAUGAUACUCUCCAGGCUCUAGACAUCAGAAACAACCAAAUCAACCAUGACGGAGCAGUCGAGCUUGCCGCGGGGCUCAAGAGGAACAGCACACUGAGGUCUCUAGAUCUACGAUGGAACAAUGUUGGGCUGCUGGGAGGGCGUGCUCUGCUAGAAAUGUUACAGAUCAAUAAAACACUGUGUAGGAUGGAGCUGGCUGGAAACAACAUUCCUGUAGACAUCUUAAAGUCCAUAGAGACAGCCAUCAGUCAGAACGAGGACCGUGCCCUAGUGACAGGAGAGUACAGUAAAAAGAUCACAUUAAUGACCAAGCAUGUGAAACAGAUUGAGCAUGACAAGUCAUUACAGAUGAAUGACCUGAUGGAUACUAUAGACAAACAAGAAGAACUACUACGCCGAUCUAAAAGGUCUUCUUCUGAUAAAAUCACUAAUCUACACGAAGCACUAGAAGAGAGGAAAGCUUCUUUUAACUCUGUUGCUUCCAAACUUGCCAUGACAGAGUCGGAGCUUGCCCUCACAGAGCAGAAAUGUAAUGAUUACUCCAUGCUCAUGAACAAACUAAAACAGGAGUUGUCGGAGAAGAUGGGCGGGCACCAGGAGGAUCUACGCAGAUACCAGGAGGAUCGUUCUGUAACAGAGGCUAAACUAUACAAGGAGGUGUCAGUGGCACACGACAAGAACAUCCAGCUAGAGACCAAGUUGGAGGAUGCAGAAAGGAAAUGUCGGCUACAGCAGGACCAAAUCUUUGAGCUGAAGGAACAGAUCACACACUUAACAGCUGAACUCAAACUUAAAGGGACACAUUUUGAUGAACGACUCCAACAAGAGCGAAUAAGACAUAAGGAUGACUUGAGGGACGCAGAGCAGAUCAGACAGAAAGAGGUGGCACGAGUUAGACAGGAUGCCGAGGAGACGGAGAGUGCCAUGCGUGAGAGGAUUCAGAAGCUGGAGAUGACAAGACUAGCCUUAGAGGAGGAGAUCAGUAAACACAAAAACGCAAACAUAAACAACAAACUUCACCACGAGGAACAGCUCAGUCUCGCCAAACAGAAACUCCUAUCUGAGGAGGAACUGCGUCAGCAACAUGUGGGGGAGAAGCUGAAGCUUGAGAUGCACUUGAAGGAUGAGCUGCAGUCUCGGUGUAACCAGCAGUCAUCUGUGGUGUCAGAGCUACAGUCCAAAAACAGCUCACUCACCAUGGAACUCGAACUGAUGAAAAGGCGGGUCGAAGAGCUCCACCAGGAGCUAUCAGAGAAGAACAGUAUGACUCUGUCUGAGGUUGGCAAGGUGAAGAUUGACCUGAAUCAGACACUCACAAAGCUUGACGGGGAGAGGAAAAUACAAGCUGAACUUAGGGAACAGCUUGGGGAGGCUGACAGAAAGAUGUCUGAACAACUUCUCAGACAUCGACAAUUACUAGAGGACAAAGAUUUAGAGACAGAAGAUUUGAAAAGGCGAUUAAAAUCGAGGGAGGCAGAACUUAAUGGUAUAAGAGAGGAGGAGGGCCAACGAGCACAGGUGUUACAAAAUGCUAUAAUGAACUAUGUCAACAAAGUACCUGCUCACUGAUUGGUUCUCACUCCAGUAAACACUACAUUGUCAAAGAGAUCUUUUAAAUUCAACUCUGUGAACUAGAAAGUAGGCCCCUACCGACAGAAUGUUUCAGUGACCAGUUAGAAGAUAUCUUACUUAACAUGCUAUCUAUGGCUUCAGUACAUUCCUGGUAGAUAGAUUAGAACAAUGGGCCACCACAUACAGAUUAACUGCACUGUAUCAUCACCUCACAAAUGAUGGAAAUUUGAAUCGCUGAUGUAUGGAUAAUACUUUGGUAACAAGUUGCUUUUCAUCAUAAAAUACUCAUGUGAUGUAUGUAUUGAAAGAAUUAUAAGGUGCUUUCUUAUCUAAUUCGGGAAAAAAUACUACACCUCUGUUGAACAGAAUGACUUUUUGUUCUGUCAUGAGGUCAAAUGAAUAAGAGACAGAAAUGAACUUGAUCCUGUAUGACUGCUAAGUAACAACAAAACAACGAAGUAAUGUAUUUAUAUGAAUGUGUAGGUGUUGUGCUGCAUGUGAAUAUCUUGACCGUCCAUGUGUAGUUCUGUCUGGGACAGCUGUGAUAUAUAUAUAUAUUGAAUUAUUAUGAUUGUUGAGUAAUGAUUAGAGAGAGCUUACCUGUUUGUAUUUAAUGAUACAGUGUCCUUAGUCAGAGUAGUGAUAUUUAUACAAUUUGUACAAACUUCAUAUUUCUACUAUACAUUCAUAACUCCUUAUCAUUCUUGAACAUUUCCCCAGUACUUCUAUACAGAAUAACUUUCUACACACCAGCACACAGCAUUUAUACAGGGCUUAUUAUAAAUAUUGUUUGAUAUACAGUACAAGUAAGCUUUAAUGUUUCUUAAUGCAUACUUCAUCAUGAACCUUGUCAUGUAUUUUCUCUAGUAGGUGAUUCUAUAAUUUAUUCCAAUAUUUGAUUAAAAACAUUAUAUGCAAUGUACAUUUAUGACAGUUCAUACAACAUGCUUCUCUGCAUUUAUUUUCACUGUGAAUGUUUUUAACUACCUGUUAAAAUUCUAGAGUAGUAAAUAUUAAUAUUGUGAUUUAUUUUUGUUAAAAUGUUGUACAUUUUGAGGACUUUGUUAUACAUUGAUGUAGUUAUAUCUAGUGUGAUAAGUAUAUGAUACAUACAUGCAGAAAUGCAGGUGCACACACAAAAUUUUCAUGUAAAUUCCAAUUGUGUCAUAUACUUCUUG